AUGCCCAACUCUAGUUUGUCCUCUUUGUCCCCUCAAGUCACAAACAUCAACGACGUACUCAAAGCUCUUUUACAAACCAGCGAGCCCUCUGAUUCCAAAUUCAAUGCUUUUCGACAGUUUUAUCAUGAGAUCACGCGCCUUGCGUACGCUCCCACGGGGGCUACAAGUGGCGACAUUACAAUCUCAAUCAAUCCUUCAGGCACAUCAUCUCACGCCGCUGUUCUUCGAUCUGUAUCCAAGUUGAAGUCUCAAUGUAGUGAAAACUUUACCCUUGGAGAAUUUCAGCAGGAUGCAUUUGCGGAUUAUCAUCCCAGAGACAAGGACAGGACAACAAGAGUCGCCGUACAGCUGGCCUUCAUGAUCGACCCCUCCUCAAAAGACGAUUUCCCCAUGGCCUACGGGAUCGAGAGCGAACAUGUGUUUCCCGUUAAGUGGCUGCCCAGCCAGACGUUUGUCGAGUUCUUCCAGUCUGCCUUCCCUGCCGACCCUAUGGAAUUCUGGCAUUCCUCGAUAAGAAAGCAUACCUUAAGGGCAUGGAAGCUGAAUCGGCGGCUAGGAAUCCAGAUCCGCCCGACCAACGACCUGGCAGAACAUCUUGUGUAUAACCCUACGACGAAAACCUUGGCUGUUUUUCAUCAAGUAGAGUGGCUCAAGUGCCAGGUUCGACGUACAUUGGAAAGAAGUCUAGAAGAGAGCAUAGAGAUGAGUUCCACAAACGGAACUCUGCCUCCUCAGCUUCUAGUCGAGACUCUCUAUUCGAUCUAUUAUAUACUCUUCCCAAUCGCCACAAACAAGAAAUCAGCCAAAUUUGCAAAGAAGCUUACACAAGCGAAGAGAGACACAGAUUUGUCCCGAUCUUCCGAUUCCAUCUUUGACCCCAAUCUGGUGGUGUACGAUGGACUGAUUCGCCCGUUGCCGGGGAACUUCAAAUUCGUCUACUGGACAAAGAGACUAAGAGCUCUACAGACAGUUGUAGACAAGCCGCCACCCUCGAACAAGAUCAUUUCGUGGUUCGAGAGGCAUACUUCAGAGAGAAACGCGCUGACGGUUGCAAUUCUUGGUCUGUUUCUCACGGCUCUGUUUGGGUUGUUGAGUUUCCUGGUGGGAGUUGCUCAGCUUGUUGUGUCAUUAAAAAUGGCGCCAUAG